AUACAGGUGAGUUGUAAUCUAAUAAUGAAAUUUUACAUUUUGAUCAAAUUCAUACAUUCUGUUCUUGUAAUAUCAGGUAAUAUUUGCAAAGGAAGAUAAAGCCUCAUCAGCAAGAAGGUGGAUGUGUGUAGUGCUGGCAGUACUUUCUGAAGAUACUCUGGGGUCCAGUCUGUCAUUUUGCAGCAUACUUAUAAUGAAACUGGACGGAUGGGUGUUUGUGCCGAUAACAAUAUCUAUAUGCUGGGCGAGUCAGUAUGACAAUGGUGGAGACAAGAACUCUCUUAGUAGCGUUGGCACGAGUGAAAAUACAACAAUGCGACUUGAAGCCAUUGAAGGAACGCCUAAUUAUAGGCUGAUAAAAAUGGAGAAAAGUACACAGUGGUUUCCAGAGCGAGAGAUUAAAUUAGAUAGUUGUGUGAGACGGGCACAAUGUGAAACUUUAAAUAAGACCACAUGCCUCGGGGCAAAGUUACCCUACAACACAACAAGUGUACAGCUUACCUUCUAUGAUAGCCAAUACCAAAUACAAAACCAGCUAGAAUUGUACAGGGAACUGAUCAAUGUGCCAAAAUGUUGGGCUGUGGUGCAGCCUUUACUGUGCGCCACUUUUAUGCCAAACUGUGAACACAUACUCGGUCAGGACAUGGUGUAUUUACCAUCAUAUGAAAUGUGCAAAAUCACAAUGGAACCCUGUGCAAUAUUGUAUAAUACCUCGUAUUUUCCAUAUUUUUUGAAAUGCAACGCCACCUUAUUUCCGCCAAAGUGUGAAAAUGUAGCAAGGGAGAUGAAAUUUAAUACAACGGGAAAAUGUUUACCGCCUCUUAUACAUACAGACAAGGCACCCCAUUUUUAUGAAGGAAUAUCGGGGUGUGGUCUUCCUUGCCGCGACCCGUUGUAUACUGAAGACGAGCAUCAGCAGAUACACCGCCUGGUGGCGUGGGGUGCAGGAGUGUGCCUUGCUCUCAACCUGAUGACGGUCGCCACGUUUCUUAUUGACUGGCGUAGUGCCAACAAAUAUCCAGCGCUGGUCAUCUUUUAUAUCAACGUCUGUUUUGCUGUUGCUUCUAUGGGAUGGUUGGUCCAAUUUGGAGUCGGAUCGAGGGACGAUAUUGUAUGUUCAAAAGACGGUACGAGGCGGCAAGGCGAACCUUCAGCGGAAGAGAAUUUGUCGUGCGUCGUCGUUUUUGUUCUGGUAUACUACUUUAUGAUUGCAGCCUGCGUUUGGUUUGUGAUAUUCACAUAUGCGUGGCACAUGAGCUUUCGAGCACUGGGUAAAAUCCAAGACAGGAUAGAUAAGAAAGCGGCGUACUUCCAUUUGGUGGCGUGGUCCCUACCAUUGAUACUCACCAUCACGACCAUGGCGUUCGGUGAGGUGGACGGCAACAGUGUGACAGGGGUUUGCUUCGUGGGAUAUGUCAACCAUCCGAUGAGAGCGGCUCUGUUGUUAGCACCGCUAUCGGUUGUGCUUCUAUUGGGAGGAUAUUUUCUGCUAAGAGGUGUAUUCUCCUUGAUAGCAGUGCGUGUAUCGAGCAAGGACGUGAUAUCGCCCCGGGCUGCGAACAAAAUCCGCCAGACCAUCACGAGGUGUUCGCUCACUGCCGCUUUGGUUGCGGUUUUCAUCUGCGUCACGUUCGCCUGCCACAUUUAUGAAUUUCGCAAUGCCGAAUCGUGGAAGGAGGCCUUUAAGAAGAAUAUUAUCUGUCGGCUCGAAGGCCUCAAAGAGGGCGGGCGGGAGUGCGCGGGCGGAGCGCGUCCUUCCGUGUCGGUGCUGCAACUGCGGUUACUGUGCUGUUUUGCUGCAGGCGCACUCAUGGCCUCGUGGACGUGGACGCCAGCCGCCGCGGCCGGUUGGAGGCGAUACAUGGCCAAAAAGUGUGGCUGCUCAGUAGAAGCGGAUGUAACACGACGCGCACGCAAGCACGAGUUGAUCGCACGCGCGUACAAACGGCGCAACGAGUUCAUAACCCGCGGACGACUGUCCAUAUCACUCGGCGGCUCCCGGCAGGAUCCCGUCGGGUUCUGUCUGGACAACACCUCGCCUGUCGACUACCCAGAGGAUGCAAAACAUGAGAGCGAGCGUUGUUUCAGCGGCGAGCUGUCGUCGUCGUGGGCCGCGAACCUGCCGCGCUUCGUGCGUCGCCGCGACGCACUGGUGCUGCCACCGCACAACCACCACUCGCACCACUCGCUCAGCUCAACACCCGACAGGCGCAACUCGCAGGAUUCACAGAUAAGCAUUAGCCUUCGCCACGUGUCCGUUGAAUCCCGCCGCAACUCUCUCGACAGCCAGCUCUCCGUCAAAAUAGCAGAGAUGAAGACCAAGGUCGGCCGCCGUCGCACCAAACACAGCAAGGCGAAGAGGAAGCGGGCGUCCGCUAGGAAAGAAAGCACUCCGUCCAUUGAGAGCCAGAUAAGCCGCUACUUGUUACAAACUGUCGCCGCUAACAAUGAUCCCUCGCGGGAGGAAGUAAAGUUUAGCUUCGAUUGAAGGAUCAUUAUUUUAAGGAAUGUUAUGCUGAGUAUUUUUAAUGUUCGAAAUGCGAAUGAAGUCGUUAAUACGCGCUGUGAGCCAAAAUACGUUUAUUUUAAUAUUUUGAUACGCUGCGGACUCUCGUUACUAUCUCUCUUUUCAGCGUCCGCCUUUAAUAAUAUUGCUGCCGUGUCAUGCAUUUUUGUGGUGUAAAAGGACUAUAAAAUUAUUUUAAUAAUAGCCAUGACAAAUAACAUGCAUUUAUUUAUCAUUUUCAGUGUUCAUAUAUUGAAAUAUUUUAAUAUGCAUAUAAAGUUUAUCGUAAGAAACACGGGCUUUUGAAUGUGCGAUUUUAAUAAUGACAUAUCUUAUUUGACUGAUCUCGAUUUUUUGAGUAAAUAUUUACAGGAAAAAUUUUGCAGCCGCAACUAUUUUAUUGAUACUAGAAAUAUACUGAACGUUGUGUAAAUAUUGAUUGAUGUGUUUUUGCUAUUGUUUAAAAGACAUGUUUUAUUGUAUUAAUGAAUUUAAUCAUGAAUAUUUCGUGUGUAAGUUUAAUAAAGUUCAAAGCAAAUAAUAUACCCAAAGUUUAAUACAUUGACUGUGAAGUGAGUGAGUUUGUAGUUCAUAAGUUACUUCAUCGGGUUGUUUAUAAUCGAUGUUAAAGUAAUAGGUUAAAAAUUAUAAUAUUUUUUUUUUAAAUAAUUUCUGUCUGUAAAACAAGACUGAUCGGAAUCUCUAUCGCAAGUAAACCAUGACAGCUUCUAUUUUUAUCAUAUUGGAACUUGUUAUUUAUUAUAUUAAUAUUAUUAUUAUUAUUAUUAUUAUACAAUGUGCCAUAUAUUCAGCAGUAUUUUUACCGGUUCUGUACAAAUUCUUGUAUAAAUUUUACACCCGACAGUCUCUUACAUAAAGAAGUGAAACUUUGCUGGAAGUGGCAGAGAACUGCCAUUAAAACAAAAUCCGGCAACUCUUUAUAAUGCAUAUACAAGUGUAAUGCAUUGCAUAUAAUGUAAUAUAAUGCAUGUACAAGUGGAAAUAAUAUCCAAAUAAUAAUAAUAAACAGAUCAAAUUUCUCAAAUUCCUUGUUGCCGUGCUUCGAUAUGUGGACACGUUAUUUUUAUCUCUCGUCAAGGGAUAUGAUUUUUGUCUCCUGUCUAUGCUACCCGUGCAGGGCCUUCACUCAACCUGGGUGUCAAGUGUGAGACUGUGUACCUACUGUGUACUUAUGCAAUCGCGUAAAGGUAAUUAAGAUUUAUGCGGUACUAAAAGAGCGCCAUCUAGUGACAGUAUUGUAAUGUAUUUAGAUGGAUCUCCUUCGGUGGAACGUCGUUCAAUUUCACGCACUACAUGCGCAUACUAGGCACACUGGCCUUGGCUUUAAUAUAAAACAUAAGGACAUAAAAGGAAAAGUUUCGUAUUUAAAGUUAGAGAUUGUAAUUCAAAUUCUAUAUUCUUAAAAAAGGAAAUACAAUGCUCAAUAUGUGCGCGCUUUUGACUCGCAUAUAUCAAUAAUAAACGAUGUGUUGUUUCAACUGUACAAAUUAUGGUUGUGAUAUCAAUUACUGUUCAGUUGUAAGGAGGCUAUAUUUUUGCAAACGUUUUAAUAAUGCUGAUUAGCCGUCAAUGUUAUUUAGUCUUCCGAUUUAUAAUAAAGUUGGAGCUUAUUACUGCAGUGUACCUAAUACAUUAUAUUUAAUUAAGAGCUUUAUUAAUAUUAUGUAAGUCUGUGCUAGCUUUAAAUUU